GGCCGCGGUCGCCCAGGGACUUUGAAUAUGUCGGGGAUCGCCUUCAGCCGACUUGCCCAGGAAAGGAAAGCUUGGAGGAAGGACCACCCUUUUGGCUUUGUGGCUGUCCCAACAAAGAACCCUGAUGGCACGAUGAACCUGAUGAAUUGGGAGUGCGCUAUCCCUGGAAAGAAGGGGACGCCAUGGGAAGGAGGCUUGUUCAAACUGUGGAUGCUUUUCAAAGAUGACUAUCCGUCCUCACCACCAAAAUGUAAAUUUGAGCCGCCACUGUUUCACCCAAACGUGUAUCCUUCUGGCACAGUGUGCCUGUCCAUCCUGGAGGAAGACAAGGACUGGAGGCCAGCUAUCAAGAUCAAACAGAUCUUAUUAGGAAUACAAGAACUUCUAAAUGAACCAAAUAUUCAAGACCCAGCUCAAGCAGAGGCCUACACAAUUUACUGCCAAAACAGAGUGGAAUAUGAGAAAAGGGUUCGAGCACAAGCGAAGAAGUUUGCCCCCUCAUAAGCAGCGGCCCUGUGGCUCCAUGACGAGGAAGGGAUUGGCUUGGCAAGAACUUGUUUACAACCUUUUGCAGAUCUAAGUCGCUGCAUACAGUUACUAGUCGCCUGGGA